UGGAAAGCCGCGGCCCCCGGGGCGAGCUGGAUCGGGACUCAGCCCGGAUCCUCCUGGCCGUGCGCUCCCUGCACUUCGAGUCUGAUUGCUCCAGUCCGCUCUGCCGUCGCCGCCGUCGCCGCCAUGGCCCAAGCUGACAUUGCCCUCAUUGGACUGGCUGUCAUGGGCCAGAACUUAAUUUUGAACAUGAAUGAUCAUGGCUUUGUGGUCUGUGCUUUUAAUAGGACAGUCUCCAAAGUUGAUGACUUCUUGGCUAAUGAGGCGAAGGGCACCAAGGUGCUUGGCGCGCACUCUUUGGAGGAAAUGGUGUCCAAGCUGAAGAAGCCACGGCGGAUCAUCCUGCUUGUGAAGGCCGGUCAGGCCGUCGAUGAUUUCAUUGAGAAACUGGUACCUUUGCUAGACGUUGGUGAUAUCAUCAUUGAUGGAGGAAAUUCUGAAUACAGGGAUACCAUGAGACGGUGUCGAGACCUCAAGGAGAAGGGCAUCUUGUUUGUGGGGAGCGGAGUUAGCGGUGGAGAGGACGGGGCCCGGUAUGGCCCGUCGCUUAUGCCAGGAGGGAACAAGGAGGCCUGGCCGCACAUCAAGGCCAUCUUCCAAGGCAUCGCCGCCAAAGUGGGGACGGGAGAACCCUGCUGUGACUGGGUGGGGGACGAGGGUGCGGGACACUUUGUGAAGAUGGUGCACAACGGCAUAGAGUACGGGGACAUGCAGCUCAUCUGUGAGGCCUACCACCUGAUGAAGGACGUCCUGGGCAUGGGACACCAGGAGAUGGCCAAGGCCUUUGAGGAAUGGAAUAAGACAGAGCUGGACUCAUUCCUGAUUGAAAUCACAGCCAGUAUUCUCAAGUUCCAAGAUGCUGAUGGCAAACACCUGCUGCCAAAGAUCAGGGACAGCGCGGGGCAGAAGGGCACUGGGAAAUGGACCGCCAUCUCUGCCCUGGAGUACGGCGUGCCUGUCACCCUCAUCGGAGAAGCCGUCUUUGCGAGAUGCUUGUCAUCUCUGAAGGACGAGAGGAUCCAAGCCAGCAAAAAGCUGAAGGGGCCUCAGAGUAUCCCUUUUGAGGGAGAUAAGAAAUCAUUCCUGGAGGACAUUCGAAAGGCCCUCUAUGCUUCCAAGAUCAUCUCUUACGCUCAGGGCUUCAUGCUGCUAAGACAGGCGGCCACUGAAUUUGGCUGGACCCUCAACUAUGGCGGCAUUGCCCUCAUGUGGAGGGGGGGCUGCAUCAUCAGGAGUGUAUUCCUGGGAAAGAUAAAAGAUGCAUUUGAUCGGAACCCAGGACUUCAGAAUCUAUUGCUGGAUGACUUCUUUAAGUCAGCUGUGGAAAACUGCCAGGACUCCUGGCGGCGGGCCAUCAGUACUGGUGUCCAGGCAGGCAUUCCCAUGCCCUGCUUCACCACUGCUCUCUCUUUCUACGAUGGGUACAGACACGAGAUGCUGCCGGCCAACCUCAUCCAGGCCCAGCGGGACUACUUCGGGGCGCACACCUACGAACUCUUGGCCAAGCCGGGCCAGUUCCUGCACACCAACUGGACAGGCCAUGGCGGCAGCGUGUCCUCAUCGUCGUACAACGCCUGAUGGGAUUCUGUUCCAAGCCGUGACUUUGCAGACCGGGGCAUUCCGUUUGCCACACCGCACUGCUUACAUGGUCCUCUGCCCUACUUUCUGCUCAGAUCUUUUAAAAUAUCAUGUGUCGUAAGAAACUCCUCUGAAGAGUUGGCCCAAGUCUCUAUGUGCAAGUAGUUCUGAGAGAAUCAGCACGCCCUCUGCCCUUGCCCCUUGGGACGGAGCAGGAGUGGAGUGUGUGCGAGACAGUGUGAGCCAGCUCCCCGAGGCAGAGUUCCCCGCAUGUCCCCUGUGGGUGAGGGAGGCAGCAGCUCUCAUCAAGGUGGGGAAAGGUUUUGUGGAAUUUGAUCAAACUGGAUCCUUUGUAUCACACACCUGAACCCCCUUUCCUUUUACUUAAUAAAAGAAAAAAAAAAACAACAUGAAAAA